UGGGACUUUUUUUGCUGAAUGUCUGUAGUACUGUACGUAGCUAAUAGUGUUUUGUCCUGUCAGACGGAGUUAUUUUCCCCACAAACUUGCCAAAAGGAGACACGUACAGCGGAGGAGGUGGUGUCGCCGCGGUGGACACUUGUCUUUUAAACAGUUUGACAUUUGUGAAGAAUCGACUGACGGGACAUUGAGCUAAUUAGCUAAGAGCGGCUAACUUCUCGGUGCACCUUAUCGCUGUAUGUGCGGUAACAACAUGUCUACUCCUCUACCUGCCAUUGUGCCUGCUGCCCGCAAAGCUACUGCAGCGGUGAUUUUUCUGCAUGGCCUCGGUGACAGCGGGCAUGGAUGGGCAGAAGCCUUCGCCGGCAUCAAGAUACCACACGUCAAGUACAUUUGUCCACACGCUCCCAACAUGCCCGUGUCCUUAAACAUGAGAAUGUCCAUGCCUUCUUGGUUUGAUAUUUAUGGCUUGAGUCCCGAAGCAGAAGAAGAUGAGGCUGGUAUUAAGCGCGCGUCAGACCACAUUAAAGCCUUAAUAGAGCAGGAAGUGAAGAACGGGAUUCCCUCCCACAGAAUCAUCCUGGGUGGAUUCUCACAGGGUGGGGCGUUGUCUCUGUACACCGCUCUGACCACACAGCAGAAGCUGGCUGGCGUGCUCGCUCUCAGCUGCUGGCUUCCUCUCCGCAAUUCCUUCCCACAGGCGUCUGCUGGCAGCGCCAACAAGGACAUGCACCUCCUCCAGUGCCACGGCGACGCCGACCCGCUUGUCCCCUUCUCGUUCGGGAGCCGCACCGCCGAGAAGAUGAAGAGCCUCAUCAACCCGGCCAAUGUCACAUUCAAGUCGUACCACGGUCUACCUCACAGCGCCUGUCCCGAGGAAAUGGUGGACGUCAAACGCUUCAUCGAGAAGCAGCUCCCCGCCAUCGGCGAUGAAUGAGCGUCUCCGUCAUCUCUCCGUCUCCUUGAAUUUCACCAAGACCUCCAGGAGCUUGACAGUUAAAAAAAAAAAAAAAAAAAAAAAGAAGAAAAAAAAAAAGAAGGAAAAAAACCCACACAUUCGAGUGCCGCCGCCCCUUUAGAGGCACACGGGAGCGCUUGAAGUUGAUGCAGCGCAUCCCGACACGGAGCGACACAUCCCAACUUGGAGCCAUGCGAUCGUCAGCGUUACGGUAGAGUGACGUUAGUAGCUUGAUUGUCGAUGCUAAAAGCCAUUUCCUGCAGCACUCGUGCUUACUGGAGUAACUAGGGCUACAACAUUUGUUUGUUUGUUUUUUUUUAAAUGAUUGUUUUUGUAGUAUUGCGAAAACAACUUUAUUUCUUAUUCACCAAUUAGACCACAAAAAGUUGCUUCCUGCUAAGAUGUCUCACGUUCGGUAUCAUUUCAAGACUGUCUUAUUUACUUCUUGCUGUUAUGAAUUCUCCCUUUUGGGCCAAAAGCAAACCUUUUAGGACAGUGAACAUGUAAGACAAAGAGUCAUUCGAUGAGGUGAGUGCACUAAUAGCAUUGUUGACUCCUCAUUGUCAUGAAAAUACAUAUUUUCAAAGAGAACAUCGCCUGGCUUGUACACUUGUUUGCAAAGAUGGCAGCGUGAACACUCAACAACACGCCAACAUGAUUGUGCUUUUAUUUGAUUGGUGACAAUUUGAACGGUUCACACAAACCUCCCCAAUACACAACUAUAGCGGCAGCCAUGUUUUUUUUGUCGUUGAAAAUGAUCACAGUAUUGAAACGCACGCACGAGAUCUAUUUAUUCUAUUUCUUCCUAUUAUUAUUAUUAUUAUUAUUAUUAUUAUUAUUUCCAGGUAUGAAGCUGGAGAAGAGCAGAAAGCACCAACGUGUUGUGAAGUCGAUGUGUGGCACCUUGUCUUGAUAGUUCCAAAGGUGCACAUGUAGAAGAUCUUAUUCCAAGGCACUUUCCUUCCUCUUAAGUUGGCGUCACAUCAAAAGUUUCUACAAGAACAGGACACGCGUUAAGGCUCAGCACAGACCUAAACACAGCAAAGUGCAGCGCCUGCGGCGAGAUGGAUGGAUGGAUGGAUGGAUGGAUGGAUGGAUGGAUGGAUGGAUACAUGCUGGCCCUCUUGAAACAAGGUAGAAAAGUGCAAUGUCAAGAAGCGCUAGGGAGGAUAUAAAAAUAGAGAUAUGUUCCGAUACUGGACUGUUUGUUCUAGUCUGUUUAGCGAAUUGUGGAUGGAUAAACAAGCACUGGCUUAUCCCGUCUGCGUCUAAAACAGGAACUCCCCAAGCUGAGGGGAACAUGCGCCAUUUUUUUUUUGUAAAGCUAUUUGUGUGCCAAAGUGAGGCUUCUAUGGCUUCUGAGGAGGAGGAGGAAUGGGUGGCGAAGGCUCCUCCAGGGUCUUGAGCAGAUCCGUGUAGGCGGUGGAGUUGAUGAAGCGCGGGUACGAGUCUCUCUGCAUCAGCGUGUAGAUCUGCUGCUGGGCGUCGUCGAAGGUGUGAGAGGUGGGCUCCAACAUGUUGCGGUUGAUCACGUCGCGGACCCGGGAGUCCAGACUGACCUGGGGGUGGGGGAUAGAGGCACCAAAUGUCACUCUGGCAUUGAAGACUGCGUCCAGCUCCCCGCAGUCUGUCUGUCGUGGUGACAUCCAUCUGACGUCUCAGAAAAAGCUACUGUGGCCCUCAAGUCUAGAAAGGGCUCUACUCAGACAGGUGGACCCAGGAACCACUACAAGUCAACUAAGGAGAGACGCUGCAAUCAGAAGCACGUGAAACACACCAUUUUGAAAGAUAUGUUAAUUCCAACAGAGGAUUUUACAGGAAGCACCUUCAGUAGCAAAAUGGUGCACUGUACCUGCAGUGAGAGGGUACGUGAAGGGGUGCAGCUAGGCGCUGUACAAUGUGUCAGGGAACAAAGACAUUAGGAAGAAGACCUGAAAGAAGUCGUCUCACCUCUUUCGGUGAGAGGAUGGAGAUGAAGUCCUCGUAUAUCUGCCGCACUUUCUCCUCCACCACCGUCUUGUUGGUCUCCUUCUUGAGCUCCUCGCAGGCCAGCCAGAACAUCAUGUUCUCCUCGCUGAACUCUGUGCGAAGGAACUGACGGAAGCAGCUCCGCCCCGCCGCACUCUUCAUCACCUUCUCGAAGGACGUGGUCCAGGAGCGAGCGUCCUCCAGGGUGGGCUUGGGGCUUCCAGAAGACGGCGAAGAUGAGGACAGAUAGCCGGCUGAGAUGUGGUUUCGUCUCACAUUCAUUCCUGAAGCGGUGCCUACCUUUCGUCACAGUUGUUCGUUCCUUCGGUUCUACGAUCGCAGGCCGACCUCUGUAUUGUUUCGUCCUCGCCUCGAACAGUCAAACUGCACGAGAGAAACAACAAGUUGUUGCAUCGUCACCUUUUAGUUCAGUUUGGACUUGCUGAGAGUCCCUCAUUUGUCCACCCAGGCAUGGCAAGCUGGGAAAAUGUGGCAUUCCCCCCCCCAAAAAGGCUCCAUAAAGUAACUUGUCUACACUUGACAAAGAUCUUUUAUCUGUCAGGAGCACUCUGCUAGCCAAAGAUCCUCUAUAUACGGUAUACAUCUUGGUGGUGAACCUCCUGAUGUCCGCAGAACACAAAAGGGGGGUCGUGGAUGGGUCUUCCAGCAUGACAAUGACCCAAAACAUACUGGCAGUGGCUCAAAAAGAAACAGAGCGGAAACGGAGCGGCCUGCCAGUUGCCAGACCUUAGUCCCAUGGAAAACCUGUGGAGGGAGCUGGAGCUUUGGAAAACGGCAGGAUUUGAAGAGUGUUUGGAAACGGGUGGAUCAAAAUCCCACGUGGUGACCAUCUAAAAGAGCCGCCUGACCCCUGUGCUCGCCAUCACGCACUAAGCCUACUUCAAAUAAGGAUUCCACUCAAGCAAAUACAAAUAACAUAAGGGGGGCAACUUACAAAACCAUCCGGGAAUGAAAGACUUAUUUGGAAACACGUGGUAACAAUAAUCUGGUUUGGACGUCUGCCGGCGUGUAAGAAACACAAAUAACAGUGGAGAUGUUCCACAGGGAGCGUGAAUAACAUGAUGGAUCAAUUACCCACCGAGCCCCGAGUGGAAUUCAAGUGUGCACCGCACCUGACUCCACUCCUAAUUGGUUCAGGUGCUGCAUGCACGCAUGCAUCAUGCGUCCCAUUUGGGAACGGGGAGGCAGUGCAACAAUUAACUGCUUAGGACUCAGGUGGGACGUCCCUGGAGAAGCGGCAAUGAAUGCUAGAUGAUUCCAAAACACGUGGCAUCUGCACAAUGGGUCCAAGGGGGUGCUGAGGAUGGAUUUCCAGUGUCCAGGUCGUUACCGCAUUAAAAGACUCUUCCUGCUCCUUUAACAGUGUGUUUAUUUUUGUGCCGGUAGCGGUGUCAUGUCAACGUCCCCGUUUUCCUCAGGUAACCCCCAGAUUUUGCUCUACUUUCUUGCUGAACUACUUUCCCGUUGAAAUAGUUCCCCAGAAUUUGAGGGAGGGAAUUUCCCUUACGUUGAUAUUUAUCCAUUUUGCUUCACGCGGGCUCAAAACACGCCUGCAAAGCAGAGACGGACGCUAUUUCUGUUCCAAGACAAUCUGUUCCU